CUUCCUGCUCCACUACGAUAUGCACCGCUACCACGACGUCUAGACAAGAAUCAAUCUGACGACGGACCUGGGCGCAGCGUUGAGCCAGCAUAUCAAAGAAACAUGGUGUCUGAAGCCACCGCAUCAACAUCCUCAAGCAUGCCGGCUCCCAACAGCACCUUCGAGGCGCAUCCGCUACCCGCGGAACCUCUCAAGAAGCCUCGACCUCGCGCCUCGACUUCCACUUUCCCCCACCUCUCCUUCUCUCCCUCUCCCACCGGCGUGGAUACCAAUCUCCUCAUACUCCUCCACGGGGCAGGAGAUUCUGCUGCUCCCUUCCACAUCCUCGCCACUAAGCGUUUGCAGCACAUCCUCCCGCAGACUGCCACUCUUACCCUGCAGGGUCAGAAGAGGAUACCCUGGUUGCCUCCCGAAGAGACGGCUUGCUGUUAUUGGGACGUUGUGGAUGAGGUAACGGGGAUGCCCGUUGAGAGGGAGGAUCCUCGGGACUUCUUGAGGCGAUGGACUGGAUUGCUAGACCAUCUCGUCGACGAGUGCGGGUGGAAGCCCGAGAGGAUCCACGUAUUCGGCUUUGCGCAUGGUGGGAGUGCGGGACUCGAGGGUGCUGCGGUGUGGCCGAGGGAACGGAAAAGGCGAUGGGCCGAGAGGAAGAAGGAGGAGGAUGAGGAGGGCUCAACUGCUGCCUCCUCGCCACCACCAAGGCUAGGCAGCCUGAUCAGCGUCUCUGGCCCGCUCUUGUCUCUCCCCACAUUCGAGGGCGGACCACUCGCUACACCUGUGCUCUACCUCUCCCCACCAAAGUCAGCAGCCACCGACCGACAUCUCAGGGAGCUGCGCCGCGCCUUCGCGAACGUGGAACGUGUUGCUUUAGUAGGCGGGGAAGAGGGGACGCCGCGCAUGCCAUCGAGCAAGGCCGAGUGGGACCCGAUCAUGCUCUUUUGGAGUAAGCUGUUGAGCCAGAGGAGCACGCUCGAGAUGGAGGGGGAAGUUUACCAAGUCAAGCCUUCGUCAUGAGAUGCAAUCGAAUGCAGGCAAACAAACUGUCACGAGAUCCUUUGACAUUAUCGGUUGAAGCACGAGACAGUGCACUGAAGCUAUUGAUUUGGGUCUAUGCAGGUAAAAGGAAGAGGAGACGUGGAGAGGUGGGCGUGGGGCAAGGUCUCGAUCAUGGUAUCCAGAUGAAGCUGGCUCACGUCCAUUACUUCUUCGCCUUCUCUUCCUCCUCUUUUGCCUCCUUGGCCUCCUUCUCAGCCUCGGCUCUCUCCUCAGCCAUCUCCUCCAGCUCGGCAUCCAGAUCAAUCCCCUCACCGACGUCCUCCAUCUCGGCAGGGCUGCGGUGGAUGAACUGCAGGAUCUUGUCCGCGUACUUGUGCUCAGCUAGCUGAGGGUUGUUCCUCCUGACCAUGCGGAAGUAGCGGUUGUAGAUGUCGCCGUCUGCGCAGCCAAUGGGCGAGUUGAGGAUGUGGUCACUGAUGCAGAAGGAGUCGACGAGAGGCACGG